CCUUUAUCAUCUACAUCUUUCAAGGUGAAAUGAAACGGAAAUGGAAAACUUUAUAUGAUCUGAAUCGUUCGACUUCACCUCUGUUUUCUAAGCACUUCAGUCGAAUCUAUUCUUGUGACGUUUAGGAUAGAGACUAAUGCAAUAAUUACCAAAAUUAUACAUCCCUCAGCUCAUGGAACGAGAUGCUGAUGUGAAGAUUCUAAUGAAAUACAAUCACUCUAUUAUUUGGAGCAUUUGUUGACACUCAUCAACAGUUCAUCUUAAAUGCUUUUCAAUCUGAGAAUUGUACGAGUUACUGUUUUGGAGAUCUGCCAUGUGCAGUCAUGCAAAAGCUGAGUAUUCUUUAUCAGAAGGGGCCUUCAAAUUUGGGAAAAAACAUGUAUGGGCAACUCGAUUCUAGAUUUUUUGCUGUAGUACCUAAGUUGAUGCUGGACAAAAGUGUCAUUAAAUCAUGUGGUUUGAAGGCCAGAUUCCCUCAUAUUAUUGGUAUUGCGGGUCAGGACUUCAUGAAAAGAAGUCGCAUAUUUCAAAAUUUUCAAGUCAAAGGUAUGGCUAGUGAAAAUCUGGAAGAGUUAUCUGAUGAAGAUGAGGAGCUCUGUCCCGUAGACUGUGUCAGGGAAAUUAAAACUGAUGAGGAACUCUUGAGAAUUUUGGAGAAGGCCAAGGACUCUAAUUCUUUAGUUGUGGUGGAUUUUUAUCGGACUUCAUGUGGUAGCUGCAAGUAUAUAGAACAGGGGUUUGCAAAAUUAUGCAAGAGAUCUGGUGAUAAAGAAGCUGCAGUCAUCUUUUUAAAGCACAAUGUAAUUGAUGAAUAUGAUGAACAAUCUGAGAUUGCUGAUCGACUACGAAUCAAGACAGUGCCCCUCUUUCACUUCUACAAGGGUGGAGACUUGCUGGAAGCCUUCCCAACCAGAGACAAAGAGAGGAUUGAUGCAGCCAUUCUUAAAUAUACAAAUCUGGCAUCUUCAGAUUUAUGAGCUGCAAGGGUUAUGUUUCUGAUCUUAAUGCUUGCGUACACAGCCUUAUAUGAUACUGGGUUAAAAUGCGCGAUAAGUGUUUGCUACAGCAAAUACUGGGCUAGACGUGGCUCAAAACACAUGGGGAAGUGAGCAAUGGGCAUUGGAACUCCAUGGUCAUCUGGCAUCUGGUUGUGGCCAACAAAUAAUAACUACCAGCAGUUUUGUGAACGAGGCUUGUCCCAUUUUAGUGAUUUUGAUGGUGCUGGAUUAGCUUGAGUUUAUAUGCAUUGUCAAUGUGAUUCAUAUUUGUGCUCUCUAUUUCAUAGUUCACAUUUCAAAUAUUCAUUUGUUAACCCAAAUACAGUUUUAUUCAGCUGCGCCUUUUCUUCUUUCUUUUUUCAUUUUUCGGUUCUUUUAUAACAUCCUUUUUUGGACUCGUGGUUGCAAUACAAACAUCAGAU